AUGGAUGUGGUAGGCGAAAAGGAGGCCUUGCAGCAGUUCUUUGAAGCUCAGGGGGCCAAUGACACUCUGGAGAACCCAGUUCUGGAUACAAGUCUGCUGGAGGAGUUCCUGGGCAAUGAUUUUGACUUGGGGACCUUGCAACGCCAGCUCCCAGAUACGCCACCCUAUUCUACAUCAGAUUCCUGCUCUCCUCCACAGGUCAAAGGUGCAUGCUGCCCGGCCCGGAGACCUACAGCCAGGAGGACUCCAGCUACUGUCCUCCACCCCGCAGCUGCACCUGGAGCACUGCCCGCGCACCUGCCCCAGAGCUCCUCGGAAAUGAGCGUCUCUGACCGUGUGCACAGCAGCUACUUAAACACCAGUCAUCCUGCGGCCCCUCUGGACCAGUCCACGCCCUCCCAUCUGGGGAUAAGUUGUUCUUACCCUUCAGAGCCUCUGUGCUACAGUCCUGGCGUCUCACUGCCACCAACCAAGAAGAGAAAGUGUACAGAGGCGUUGGAGGCCUCAGAAGACUCCGCGUGGGCCCAUCACUGUAGACCAAUGAUAGGUAGGAAUCACAGCCUUGAAGAGAAAGACCACGACAGUUUUCAGAACAUGAUGCCCGCAGACCAGUGCUCUCCUGCUCUGAAAUGGCAACCAUAUCAAAGUGUUCCUUGGCACAGUUUAUUAAAUGGUCAUUACGAAAAAUUACCUGAUAUAGGCUAUCAAGUUGUCACAGACAAAGGAUUUACUUUUUCACCAGCAGAUGAAGCUUUUGUUUGCCAAAAGAAGAACCAUUUUCAGAUAACCAUCCAUAUCCAAGUUUGGGGAAGUCCAAAAUUUGUCAAAACCCAAGUGGGCUUAAAACCAAUAGAAAUGUUUUACUUGAAAGCUUUUGGAGUUAAGUUAGAAGCCAGCAAUCAAAUAAUCGCUAUCGAACAGUCCCAAGCAGACAGAAGCAAAAAGAUUUUCAAUCCUGUUAAAAUCGACCUGCUGGCGGACCAGGUCACCAAAGUCACGCUGGGCCGGUUACACUUCAGUGAAACUACAGCAAAUAACAUGAGAAAGAAGGGAAAACCAAAUCCUGACCAGAGAUACUUCAUGUUGGUGGUUGGACUGUAUGCUGCUAGCCAGGACCAGUUCUAUUUGUUAUCUGCCCACAUCUCUGAACGGAUCAUUGUAAGGGCGUCUAACCCUGGGCAAUUUGAAAAUGACAGUGAUGCAUUAUGGCAGCGAGGACAAGUUCCAGAAUCUGUUGUCUGUCAUAGUCGAGUGGGAAUAAACACAGAUGCACCGGACGAAGCCCUGGUUGUCUGUGGCAAUAUGAAAGUGAUGGGAACCAUCAUGCAUCCCUCUGACAGCCGGGCAAAGCAGAAUAUCCAAGAGGUUGACACAAAUGAGCAGCUGAAAAGAAUAGCACAAAUGAGGAUCGUUGAAUAUGACUACAAACCUGAAUUUGCAUCUGCAAUGGGAAUAAACGCGGCGCAUCAAACAGGAAUGAUUGCCCAGGAGGUGCAAGAGAUCCUGCCCAGAGCCAUAAGAGAAGUUGGCGAUGUCACCUGUGAAAACGGAGAGACAUUGGAGAACUUCCUCAUGGUCGAUAAGGACCAGAUCUUUAUGGAAAAUGUAGGUGCAGUGAAGCAGCUCUGCAAACUAACCAACAACCUUGAAGAAAGAAUAGAAGAGUUAGAAAUCUGGAACAGAAAGCUGGCCAGGCUAAAGCGGCUCAGUAGUUGGAAGUCCUCAGGCAGUGGAGCAAGCUCCAUCAGCAAAUUUAGCAGAGCUGUUAGUGUAUCUUCUACAGGAAGGACCAUUCCCAAAAAACCCAACAAGGUUUAUUUUUCAGGAAAAAAACAGUCGUGUCCUAACUGGAUUUUCCAGACUUUGGUUAUAACUCUAAUUGCUGUGAUGGCAUUUUGUGCCUUGACGAUAGUCUCCCUUUAUAUACUUAGCUUAAAAGACCAAGAUCGAAGUGCUCCAAAUCUCCCUUUAAGCAAUAUCACAAAUUCUCAGGAGCCAACUGUGCUGCCCACAGCCUCCCCCUCAGCACCUACUAUGUCCCUGGCAACCACACAAUCCUCCUUCCAAGUACCAGAAAUCACUUUCUGUGAGAUCCUGCCAUGUCAGAAGACUUACUGCUGCCCCCUCUGGGAAACAAGAAGAGUCCUGUCAAGUCCUGUGCAAAUUCAUGAGCAAAAACAGUCCAAGGAGAAGGAAAUUCAUCAGAGACCUUCAGCUGGAGAUAGAAACACAUCAUUCCUGGCAAGAGAUGUGCUAAGAAGUCCUGACUGGGAGAGUGACUGGAUUGAUACAAGCAUCAGUUCUAUUCAGAUUAUGGAAAUCCAACAAGUCAUAGAUCAUCGGUAUUGCAGUAGAAGCCUCCAGUGCGGGUCUGGAAAUUACAAUUACAAUAUUCCUGUCAAUAAGCAUACACCCACCAAUGUCAAAUUCUCUCUGGAAAUCAACACAACAGAGCCAUUGAUAGUCUUCCAGUGCAAAUUCAGCCUUGGAAAUAUAUGUUUCCAUAAUAAAAGGGGGGCCACCGGGAUGCAAAGCCGGGAAGAAGUCUCCCAGGAGAUGACACAGGGAUAUCAGCACAUUUGGAGCCUUGCUGUAGCCCCGUUCUUUGAUAGUGCAUAUCAUUUCCGUGUAGCUGCACCGGACUUAGCUGACUGUUCAACGGACCCUUAUUUUGCUGGAAUAUUCUUUACAGAUUAUUUUUUCUACUUCUACCGACGCUGUACCUAA